AUGCCUUAUCAAUCAAUAAUGUUUUUAUUUCAGAGAUUGUCCACCAUUAAUUCAUCAACGCAGCUGUUUAAGCAUCAGCGACAAAGUGUACUCUAUCUAAUGAUCAUUGUGUUGAUCUGUAUUUUAUCUCUUCCAUUUACCUCAGUUAUAACUAUUGUACGAGCACAAUAUGCAAUCGCCUCAUCUAACAAGUACUUUGCUGGAAUGUAUACAUUAUCUUUUAAUUCGAGUUUGCCGAUAUCUGUCGGAACAUCUCCCUUCUCUGAUACGAAUACAAACACAUCAGUAGUCUACAAUGGCAUUAUUAAAUAUUCAUCAAGAGAGACAGAUAAGGUUGUUAUCAUUACAGGAACUUCAUCAUCAGGAGAUUAUUUAAUAUUCACAGCACCAACAGAAUUUACAGUUGAUUUUGAAAUGACAAUUGGAUUUGAAACAUUGAACAUUGGAAAAAGAACUGUUUACAUCCCAUCCUAUGGAUUUCAGAGGUUCUUUAGUCAAAAACAAGUUCGUAAGGGAAAGCACAACAAUCUAGUAUUGAUGAGCGGAAAUGUUAAUCAACAAAUUGGAGGCUCACAAACAAUUCAUGUUGGAUUCGCCUUUAAUAAUACUGAACAAGUUCAGUUUACUCCUUACACUCUCUCUUCAUUGAAUUAUAAGAUGUUGGAAAUUGAUGUUCCAAACGACGUACCUGAACUAGAUGAGAAACACUAUGUUCCAUUCUAUCUUCAUAUUCAAUGUGUGGAGAGUGAAUUGUGUCGUUUGGUCAUUAAUCUGUUCAAUGUGGAAGAUGAUGCACCUUACUUGGGGACAAUCUUUGGUAUUGUGAUGGCUAGCUUUGCCAUUUGCUUACUAUUGGCUCUAUGUGUAGUGAUUGGAUCAAUAAUUCACAGAAGGAGAAGAGGUGUGCCAAUUAUUGCCUAUAUUGAACCACAAAAGAUUCAAACCAUGAGCACAGUUCAAUACUAUUCUCCAACCAUGCAACCGUUAUCAUCUAAUACUGCAACAGUAGUGGCACAAGAACCAACUGUUGCUUGCAAUUACUUUUCUGCUGAGGCUGGUGUUGUUGUCUAUCAACCACCAGAACCAACUCAAGUUGUUCUGACCUCUCAAGAUGUUCAUCAAUAUGAUUCCAAAGUGUAA